AUGCAGACUGCAUCUAAAAACAUUUGUGAAAGAAUGGAUCACUCUCAGGAGCUCAGGGAAUUCAAGUGCGGUACGGUGAUAGGUUGCCGCCUGUGCAAUAAGUCCAUCCGUGACAUUUCCAUGCUAAUAAAUAUUCCAUGGUCAACUGUUAGUGGUAUUAUAACAAAGUGGAAGCAACUGGGAACAACAGCAACUCAGCCACAAAUGCGGGGUCAGCGCAUGCUGAAGCGCACAGUGCACAAAAGUUGCCAACUGUCUGCAGAGUCAAUAGCGAAAGAGCUCCAAACUUCAUGUGGCCUUCAAAUUAGCACAACAGUGCAUAGAGAGCUUGAUGGAAUGGGUUUCCAUGGCCAA